UGGCGGCAGCGGCGGCUGUGGCUGCGGCGGGUCCGGGCCCAUGAGGCGACGACGGAGGCGGGACGGCUUUUACCCAGCGCCUGACUUCCGAGACAGGGAAGCUGAGGACAUGGCAGGAGUGUUUGACAUAGACCUGGACCAGCCAGAGGACGCAGGCUCUGAGGAUGAGCUGGAGGAGGGGGGUCAGUUAAAUGAAAGCAUGGACCAUGGGGGAGUUGGACCAUAUGAACUUGGCAUGGAACAUUGUGAGAAAUUUGAAAUCUCAGAAACUAGUGUGAACAAAGGGCCAGAAAAAAUCAGACCAGAAUGUUUUGAGCUACUUCGGGUACUUGGUAAAGGGGGCUAUGGAAAGGUUUUUCAAGUACGAAAAGUAACAGGAGCAAAUACUGGGAAAAUAUUUGCCAUGAAGGUGCUUAAAAAGGCAAUGAUAGUAAGAAAUGCUAAAGAUACAGCUCAUACAAAAGCAGAACGGAAUAUUCUGGAGGAAGUAAAGCAUCCCUUCAUUGUGGAUUUAAUUUAUGCCUUUCAGACCGGUGGAAAACUCUACCUCAUCCUUGAAUAUCUCAGUGGAGGAGAACUAUUUAUGCAGUUAGAAAGAGAGGGAAUAUUUAUGGAAGACACAGCUUGCUUUUACUUGGCAGAAAUCUCCAUGGCUUUGGGGCAUUUACAUCAAAAGGGAAUCAUCUACAGAGACCUGAAGCCGGAGAACAUCAUGCUUAAUCACCAAGGUCAUGUGAAAUUAACAGACUUUGGACUAUGCAAAGAAUCUAUUCAUGAUGGAACAGUCACACACACAUUUUGUGGAACAAUAGAAUACAUGGCCCCUGAAAUCUUGAUGAGAAGUGGCCACAAUCGUGCUGUGGAUUGGUGGAGUUUGGGAGCAUUAAUGUAUGACAUGCUGACUGGAGCACCUCCAUUCACUGGGGAGAAUAGAAAGAAAACAAUUGACAAAAUCCUCAAAUGUAAACUCAAUUUGCCUCCCUACCUCACACAAGAAGCCAGAGAUUUGCUUAAAAAGCUGCUGAAAAGAAAUGCUGCUUCUCGACUUGGAGCUGGUCCUGGGGACGCUGGAGAAGUUCAAGCUCAUCCAUUCUUCCGACAUAUUAAUUGGGAAGAACUUCUGGCUCGGAAGGUGGAGCCUCCCUUUAAACCUCUGUUGCAAUCCGAAGAGGAUGUGAGUCAGUUUGAUUCAAAGUUUACACGUCAGACACCUGUUGACAGCCCAGAUGACUCAACUCUCAGUGAAAGUGCCAACCAGGUCUUUCUGGGUUUUACAUAUGUGGCUCCAUCUGUACUUGAAAGUGUGAAAGAAAAGUUUUCUUUUGAACCAAAAAUUCGAUCACCACGAAGAUUUAUUGGCAGCCCACGAACACCUGUCAGCCCCGUCAAAUUUUCUCCUGGGGAUUUCUGGGCAAGAGGUGCUUCAGCCAGCACAGCAAAUCCUCAGACGCCUGUGGAAUACCCAAUGGAAACAAGUGGAAUAGAGCAGAUGGAUGUGACAAUGAGUGGGGAAGCAUCAGCACCACUUCCAAUACGACAGCCGAACUCCGGGCCAUACAAAAAACAAGCUUUUCCCAUGAUCUCCAAACGGCCAGAGCACCUGCGAAUGAAUCUAUGACAAAGCAAUGCUUUAAUUAAUUUGAGGCAAAAACAAAAAAA